AGCAGCUCAGGUUUGCAGCAAUGACAACUCAGUUUGCGGCAGCAGCAGUCCUUACUGGUCUUCUUGCUCUUGCAACACUUGCAAGCUGCAACACUGAAGGUGACAUACUAUACGCACAAAGGUUGGCAUGGAAGGACCCGAACAAUGUGCUGCAGAGCUGGGAUCCAACCCUUGUCAAUCCCUGCACCUGGUUUCAUGUCACUUGUAACAACAAUAACUCUGUCAUCCGUGUGGAUUUGGGCAAUGCAGGCCUCUCAGGCCCUCUGCUUCCAAAUCUGGGAGGACUGCAGAACCUUCAGUACCUUGAGUUGUAUGAAAAUAGCCUCAACGGUACAAUACCAGCAACACUGGGCAACCUGACUAAUCUUGUCAGCUUGGAUCUUUGGGACAACCUGCUUACUGGUGCGAUACCGACUUCGCUUGGUGCCAUCAGCACGCUGCGAUUUCUGAGGUUGUAUGAGAACAAUCUGACAGGGGCUGUACCUUCAUCGUUGGGCAAUCUGACGAGCCUUCUGAAACUGGAGCUUCAGAAGAACUCUCUAAACGGCUCUAUUCCGGCCUCCCUUGGCAACAUCAAAACAUUGGAGUUUUUGCGGUUGAACGAGAAUAUGCUGUCUGGCAUGGUGCCAUCGGAAGUCCUCUCUCUUGUCGUUGUUGGGAACUUGACCGAGCUAAAUAUUGCAAAGAACAACCUGGCCGGAACAGACAGAUCAUCAGGAUUGAGAGUGGCUGUGAUUAUCCAGGACAAGCUGAAGACGGCAUGAUGAGUUCCAGGAUCAAGACAUUGUUUUUCUUCAUGCACAUGUUGGAAAUAAACAAAUAAAUCCAAUGACAUGGAUUAAUCUAGACAUUUUGUAGUAGAACUUUGUGUGCCAAAUAAACUCUUAUUGGUCA